AUGGCCCUCUUGGAGAAGGGAAGCCUCCCUAAUGACUUCAUGUUUGAUGUCGAGAUCGGUGUCGCCAUCACCAAUCCCCACCUCCAUCGUGCCUAUGUCACUCUGAGGGUCAGUCCCAAUGUGUACGGCUAUCAUGGUGUCUUAUGCACUGUGAUGCCUAACGACCCCUUGGUCAAAGUCAUCACUAGUAUCGACCUUAAUGAUGUCGAUAUUGUCGGGUACCUCCUCGUAGAGCUCAACCUCUUGAUUGACAUCACCUCCUCCUCAUCAACUCUAAUCGCUUCUACGAUAUCUUCCCCCAAAAUAUCUCGUCUCAAACUCCUCCACGAGCUCGACGCUAAUAACAAUCGCUUCGUCGGCCCAUUCCCAAACAUUGCCCUUCACCUUCUAUCGAUUAAGUACCUCAACCUUUGGUUCAAUGACUUCGAGGGAGUGCAGUCGUUGAUACUCUUCGAUAAGGAGCUCGACGUCAUAUUCUUGAAUGAUGACCAUUUUAGCUCUCAGGUGUCUGACAACUUCGGCAAUUCCAAAACUUUUGUCGUCAUCAUCGCUAACAACAAGAUCCAUGGUUGUCUUUCAAGCAGCAUCGGUAAGAUGGCUGCCACCCUCAAUGAGCUCAUUCUGACGAACAAGUUUUCGAGAUUUAAUCAAAAUUUUCUUCUCCCAAUAGGUUGUUCAAAAGGAUAG